AUGUCUUCCGCGGAGCUGGGCGCAAAUCACGUCGCCGUGAAGAGAGCAUGGAGGCUGGGCUGGCUCAGCCGCUGGAACGGUCAGGAUGCACUUCCGUUUUCAUUCUUGUGUGUGUGUGUGGUGAACGGGGCCCCGAGGCCUCCAAGUGGCCCUUCUUUUAACGAGGCCCCGAUGCGACGCUCUGUAGCAGCGAAUCUCCUGAAGCCAUGGUUUCUCCUGAUGCUUGGAAUGACAUUAACUACACUGUGUCUGGCGGUUCCGAAGAAGAGACGUCCUCGGCGCACACCAUUAGCGGAGGAGGACGCACGAGAAACACAAGCGGACAGGCCACCGUGCUUGCAGCACCGUGACAUGUCACCCGCUGGCAUGCUUCCGGCCGAUCCGGGCCUCCCUUCAGAAUCCACGGAUGGCUGGAGAUAUUCACAGCCCCCGAAUAUCUUAAGCACAGGCCUGACUCAAGGAACCAUGCGGACACCGCACCUUGAUGAUGCACAAGCCUUUUGCACACGGAGCGAUCGGCCACGAGAGGACAACCUGGCUGGUGAAUCUCACCCAGAGCAUUCUUUGCAGACGAAGGAGGCAACACACCCGAGCAAUGGAUCCAAUGACAAAAAGCAGCCGAGCCACUCGGAAAGUCCGACACAGGAUGGCAAGUGCAACUUUGAAGAUGAGGAUGUCGCCAUGCAGAAGGAUCCGGACCAUGAUGGCAGUGAAGAUAGGACAGCCGGCCAAACUGCCAAAUACAGUCCCGAGCUUCUUUUUCAUGCGCGGGCACAGGGUUGA